CGUUAUGCUAAAAGCUGAAUCUUUUUCUCAAGCUUAUGAUGUCGGGAUCAGCACAUGAGUAUCAUGAAUUAUACCUAGAUGCUUUAACAUCUGAAAUUAAAUUGAUUAAUUGGUAGCGAUGAGCCAACGCGCAAGAACUACUUCUCACUCUCAAGCCCCCAUAGCUGACAACCUUUCAAGGGGUUUGACUUCUGGCCUUGGAGCUUAUAAAAAAGAUGGUCUCAGUGGGAAGCCGAUUGUAGUACAGGCAACUCCGGGUCGAGGCAGCGACACACCCGUAGACAUAGCUUACACAGACUCCAAAGUAAUUGGAAAUGGUUCUUUUGGAGUUGUCUAUCAAGCAAAGCUAAUUCAAGACCCUGCUCACUCUCAAUCGAACAGCAACACAAACUCCUCAGGUCCCUUAGAUGUCGCCAUCAAAAAAGUUCUGCAAGACAAGCGAUUCAAAAAUCGUGAACUGCAAAUCAUGCGACAGCUCUACCACCCCAAUAUUGUACAGUUACUCUACUUUUUCUACUCAACAGGAGAUAAAAAAGACGAAGUGUACCUGAACUUAGUUCUGGAGUUUGUACCAGAGACAGUAAACAGGGUGGCGAGGCACUACAGCAAGAGCAAGACGACCAUUCCCAUAUUCAACGUGAGACUCUACAUGUUCCAGCUCAUGCGCAGUCUCCACUACAUACACAUGCACGACAUCUGUCACCGAGACAUCAAGCCCCAGAACCUCCUGCUCAACACCGAGUCAGGAAUCCUCAAACUCUGCGACUUCGGCAGCGCGAAGAAACUACAAGUAGGCGAGCCGAAUGUCUCCUAUAUCUGUUCACGAUACUACAGGGCACCCGAACUCAUAUUCGGAGCGACGGACUACAAGUGUUGUAUAGAUGUGUGGUCGGCUGGGUGUGUGAUGGCGGAGCUUCUGAUUGGCCAGCCGAUCUUCCCAGGCGACAGUGGAGUGGACCAGCUUGUUGAAAUCAUCAAGGUGUUAGGCACUCCGUCAAAGGAGCAAAUCAAACAGAUGAACCCCAACUACACGGAGUUCAAAUUUCCGCAGAUCAAAGCGUCCCCGUGGGAGAAAGUGUUCAGGUCCAAAAUACCCGCAGACGCCAUAGACCUCGUCUCCAAACUUCUAGAGUACACCCCUAAUGAAAGGAUAACCCCCAUAGCAGCAUGUGCACACAAAUUUUUCGACGAGCUCAGAGAGCCGAAUGCUAAACUGCCCAAUGCGUCUGGAAAUGCAGCUGCAAGUGGGGUUGCUCACCAGUCGAGUGGGGGAGGAGGG